AUGACUAAUGAAUAUUUUAACCUUAUAAAUGACACUUCUAUAAAACAAUGGGAAAGCGAUAGUGUCUGUGAAAAUUUACUUCUGGAUUUUGAGUUGGGUGAUGAAAAAGACCCAAUAUCACUUCCAUUGGGUGAUCUAAUUAAUCUGUCUUGGUGUUUGGAGUUAAUAGAAUAA